GUCAGCCAAUUUUGCUGCACUUGCUUCAACUAGAAGAGUUUAAAUCUCCUGUUAAUUUUUUUUCUUCUCUCUCUCUUUUUUUUUACCAAAGGGUUUCAUUCUUUCUUUACUUGCUUAAAACUUGAUAUAUAUACUUUCAAGUUCUCUCUCUAUCUGUCUUAGUUUUUUCUUCUCUUCCAUACUAGCAAAGGCUCUGAAGAGCUGAGCCUUUCUGCCACCUUCUUUGCUUAAUAUAUUAGCUAUUCAGGCAAAUGCCACCAAGAUCAACAUCUCAAUUCCUUAUAUUGGUUCUUCAUGCUUAGGUGAUCUCUUUCUCUGAGAAGAAGAAGAAGAAGAAGAAGAAGAAGAAGAAAGCUUAUAGCAGUGAUCAUCAUGAGUGGAAAUGGCAUGGCCUUCUUCCCUACAAACUUCAUGCUUCAAACCCCAAGUGAAGAAGAUCAUCAUCAUCAUCAUAAUCAUAAUCAUAAUCAUAAUCAUCACCAUCACCCUCCGAGCUCUCUCAAUCCGAUCAAUCUGCCUCCGUGCACACCUCAAGAAUUUCAUGGAGUUGCGUCGUUUUUAGGUAAGAGAUCGGUGUCGUUUUCGGGUAUCGAGCUAGGAGAAGAAGGUAAUGGAGGAGAAGAUGAUUUAUCCGAUGAUGGAUCUCAAGCAGGGGAAAAGAAGAGGAGACUUAAUAUGGAACAGGUUAAGACACUUGAGAAGAACUUCGAACUGGGGAAUAAGCUUGAGCCAGAAAGGAAAAUGCAGCUAGCUAGAGCUCUUGGUCUGCAACCGAGACAGAUUGCUAUUUGGUUUCAGAAUAGGAGAGCUAGAUGGAAGACUAAACAGCUUGAGAAAGAUUAUGAUCUUCUCAAGAGACAAUUUGAAGCUAUCAAAGCAGACAACGAUGUUCUCCAAGCUCAGAACCAGAAACUUCAAGCAGAGAUAUCGGCUCUGAAAAAUAGAGAGCCAACUGAAUCAAUAAACCUGAAUAAAGAAACAGAUCAAGGGUCUUGCAGCAACAGAAGUGACAAUAGCUCAGAUAUUAAGUUGGAUAUCUCAAGAACACCGGCAGCCAUAGACAGCCCACUUUCAAGUCAUCCAAGGGCUCUCUUUCCAACCUCCAUGAGGCCCAGUUCGGGUCAUCAUGUGGCUCAGCUCUUCCAGACCUCGUCAUCAGCAAGAUCAUCAGAUCAACAGCUCCAAUAUCAGAAGAAUGAUCAUCAUCAUCACGUGGUCAAAGAAGAGAGCUUAAGCAAUAUGUUUUGUGGUAUUGAUGACCAAUCUGGGUUUUGGCCAUGGCUGGAACAUCAACAUUUUAAUUAAGUUAUGUGGUCGAGACUCUUUGAAAGAGAGAGGACAUCUUAAGAGUCGAAUAUAUUGGGUUAAAAGAUAUAUGUUACACCACCAUGAAUGUGCGCAAGGUGAUAUAAAAGAUGAUCAAUACUGCAACCAACUGCCAUAUCUGUAAUUAAUUAAGUUCGAUAUGUCCAUGUUUUUUGGUACUUGGCCGGGAGAGUGUUGUUGUAUAAAGUAGAUAUAUAUAUAUAUAUAUAUAUUAUAUCAUCACCAUUAAGUCUUACUAGCUACUUGAGUUUUUUUUUUCUCCCAGUGGGGGCUGAUUACAAUCUUUAAUGGAGGAUUAAUAAAGGGUUCUUUGUUUUUGAA